AUGGGGUGGGGGAAUGGGGGAAUGGGGAAUGGGGGAAUGAGGAAUGGGGGAAUGGGGGGAAUGGGGGAACGGGGAAAUGGGGAAAGGAAAUGUGGAAGGGAAAUGGGGGAAUGGAGGAAUGGGGGAAUGAGAAAUGGGGAAUGGGGUUGGAUGGGGGAAUGGGGGGAAUGGGGGAAUGGGGGGAUGGGGGAACGGGGAAAUGGGGAAUGGAAAUGGGGAAUGGAAAUGGGGGAAUGGAGGAAUGGGGGAAUGAGAAAUGGGGGAAUGGGGGGGUUGGAGGACGGGGGAAUGCGGUUAGACGGGGGGGUGUUAUGGGAGGAGUGGUCGCCACAGAGAGUGAGAGCCACCCGCAUUCCAACACACUCCCUUCUUGAGACGUCUCAAAACACUCCCCUUCCUGCAACUCACACUUGCCCACUCUCCCUUCUCCUUCGCACCUCCAACCCCUCCCACCCACCAAGCCCUCCACUUCCCCCAAAGCCACCCAUUCUCCUCCCUAUCUCCCGCCUUCCUCCCUCUUUCCAUCCCCUCCCUAACCCUUUCCUCACCAUUUCUUCAACACUUCCUCACCCCGCCCUCUCCCCUACCUUCCUUUCUCCUCUCCCCUCCGUUGCCAUCAUACCCCAUUCACACAACCGCGGUCCCUCCCAUCACUUCCUCCCCUUAUCCCUCCGCCAUCCCCGCUACUUCACUCUCCCCCUCCUCCCCCCUCCCCCCACCUUCCCCUCUCCCCCCACCACGCGCACCUCUCAGUCCGCCAUACGCAAACCAACACGUGGCAGCGCCGACGACGACAUUGUACACGUGGCGGGUGGAGGGGGAGGGGAGGAGCGGCACGAACGCGGCGGCGGGGAUGGAAGAGAGGAGGCAGGCGAGGAAGGUCAGCUCGGGGGGGGAGGAUGGAUGACAGUGGAGUGA